CUGAGUGAUAGUGCAUUGUGUUUGUGUUUAUACAAGUGCAUAGUGCAAGUGUUAUCUCAGUGCAAAACCACGGAUUUCCUAUAAAUCACCACCAAUAGUUUUCGGCCAAUGUGCCAAAAAUUAUAGUCAUACCCGCAAUAUUUUAUUAUUGAUACUGCGUUCCAAUUUUAACUAUCGGGGUCGUCGGGACCCGAGUUGUGUUACAAAACUAUUCUGUGUGCUUGUCACAACAUCAGAAUAAUAACACAUACUGAGUACGAUAGUUGAAUUUGAAACGUAGUGUUAGUAAACAAACUAAAAUAUGUAACGGCAGAUCACCGAACUCUCCGACGACGUGCCGCUGUAAAUUAACCUGUGCGAGCUGUGAGGACUUAUAGUGACUGUGCGUCCGUCGUGAUGGAAGACGCCAAACCGGGCGCGGAGGACGCGCCCACAAUUAACAUGUCGGAGCUCGCCGAAGCCAUGCCGCAGCAGCAGCUACCUAUUGAGGGGACAUGGCAGACCGUUGUGGCGCGGAAAGUCAGCAAGAACCGUCGCGCCAAUAAGCGCGCCAAUAGAAAUCGGCGCAAAAGGGAAUCGACUGUGGGGUCGGCUGGUGCAGUGGCCGGUUCGGGUGGCAGUGCCGCUUCAGCGCGCGCGUUACCCAGUGCCGCCUCAGUGCCGGCCGCCUCCACAGUCGAGGCCCCCGGGGACAAGGGGAGUAGCGCUGCGAUUACGCGCGCGGCACCCACUGUCCCGGCGACCACCACCAUCCCGGCGACCACCACCGUCCCGGCGACCACCACCAACACCGCUGGACCUCGACGCCCCACUCCCAGGGGUAGCAGGGGUAAAAGGAGCAGCUAUGCUGCCACCGUCGCGGCGCCGGCCGGUGGGCUUCAGUCCACUGGUGAGCGCAGGCCUGCUGAUGCCGAAUUAACCUCGGCUAAGCGGGUCCGCCCUGACGAGACAAUCUCUCCGAGGGGUGGCGCCAAGCGCGCAAAAGUUGCUCCUGCAGCAGGUCAGGCCCCAACCUACGCCAAUGUCGCGCGGACACACCUGCAUGUCGCCCUCGUCACCGUGCCGGCGCGCAGCCUCACCGAGGACCAGGCCAACGACCUGAAGGUGGCCGUGCAGAAGGUCAUAAUUCAGCAGCUGGACGUCCCGCUGACUGAAACACCCUUCUGCCCUCUCUUCAAGGGAAAACCACACCACAGCCACGGGGCCUUGAAGAUGUGGUGUGAAGACGACGAGACCCUUGCGUGGCUGAAGAAAACGGUCGAGGUGAUGCCAUCGCCUGUGCCUAAUACCAAGCUCGCGGUCAUCGGGCAGUCGGAGCUAGUGCCCAAGGUGAGAGCUGGACUGCUGGUUCCUGACACCUGCACUGACGAGCCGCUGAGCAUACAAAGAACCCUGAUUAGACAAAACAGGAUGUACAACGUGGGGGACUGGACCCUGUACGACCGCCAGAUCCACAAUGGCAAGGACUCCUUCCUCAACCUCGGCAUCCCCAGAUCGGAGGUGCCAAGAAUCAUGGAGCUCGGACGGCAGAUGACGUUUGCAGUGGGCAACAUCUACAUCCGGUUCUUCAACAACGGCGUUCUGGGCAGCCAGCCUCCCGAAGAAAGUGAGGACCCGCUACCAACAGCACCGCUGUGCACCUCCAGCCCCACACCUGUGAGUGCUGCACCAGUCGAGGCACCAACGACCCUGCCGAGCACCUCCAACGAGACGAUGCCUGCUGCGACCCCCGCGGCUCUAUCGUCCUGGAUCGACGGUGGCGGUCAUGACGAAGAAUCGGAUGCUGAUGCGGAGUCGGUGGACAGUGAUGUUCUCCGCUCGCCUCAGUAACCUCUCCGUCAUUCAAACCAACCUCCAGCACAAGCAGAUUGCGGCGGCUACCCUACGCAGGCAGCUGGAGGUCAACACCGGGACCAUCGCCCUGAUCCAGGAGCCGUGGAUCAGGGGAAGCCGUAUCUGCGGUCUCAGCAACAUUGGGGGUAAGUUGUUUUUAAACACCUCUAUUCUUAACCCACGCACGUGUAUUUACAUGCCCCGUUCUGUGGACGCGGUACAACUCACCCAGUUCUGCACGAAAGAUUUAACAGCUGUGUUAGUUCAGAACUUGGUGGGUAACUGUAGUUCAAUUGUACUAGCGUCCGCCUACAUGCCUGGCGAUGGAGAUCCUCCACCCGGUGAGUUGGCGGACCUGGUGCAUCACUGCGAGUCCAACUCCCUAGAGCUGAUCAUCGCUGCGGAUACCAACGCGCACCAUCCGCUCUGGGGCAGUGAAACUCCCAACAGAAGGGGCGAAAACCUGGUAACUUACUUAUUUUCAACAAACCUUAACAUUCUUAAUAUAGGCUCUGAACCGACGUUCGUUUCAUCGCGUUACCAAACAAUUGUUGACGUCACUUUUGCUACUACUGGCGUCACGGACCUAAUUUCGGACUGGCAUGUAUCAAACGAACCAUCCUGUGCCGAUCAUAGAAGAAUAUGUUUUAAACUUCAAGCGAAACCACCGCAAGUCAAACCGCGCCGUAACCCGCGGAAGACUGACCGAACUAAAUACGUUCAAGCACUAACACAAAACUUUCAAACUAUAAACUUUAAAGACAUGUCGCAAUCCACCGCGGCUAUAGAAACCAAUGUUUUGUCACUAACAACAUGUAUAACAACAUCUUAUGAACAAGCAUGUCCACUUGCGUCUCCGCCUACUCGGCCCAGAACCUCCCACUGGUGGGGACCGGAGCUUGAGAGACUGAGACGUAAGAUUAGGAAGCUGUUUAAUAGGGCCAAAAACACUAGACACUAUGCUGACUGGGAGCUAUAUAAAGAAGCUCAAAAACAUUACAAAAAACGAAUAAGAAUCCGCCAAGGAGACUCAUGGCGUCGAUUCUGCGAAAACAUUGAAUCCAACAACGAAGCAGCUAGAGUCCGAAAAAUCUUAGACUGCGGUCAAAAUAAAAACCUUGGCUGCCUAAAAAAAGCCGAUAAAACCUAUACUAACAACGAUAAAGAAACGUGCCAAGUACUCCUUGAAACGCAUUUCCCAGACUGCCGCCUCGUUGAUGAUCUGACCUGGGAUAAUAGCGAGCACUCGAACCCGUCAAUAUCUGAUUGGAUAACCGCCCAAGAAUUAGUAACCGUUGAAAAAAUUGAAUGGGCCAUAAACAGCUUUCUACCUUUUAAAUCAGCUGGUUUGGAUGGUAUAUUCCCCGCGCUCCUAGUGUGGGGACAACAGGUUAUCGUGCAAAGCUUAGCGAAUAUUUUUAAGGCUUGCUUAGCACAUAACUACAUUCCUAAACAGUGGAGAGAGGUGAAAGCAACCUUUAUUCCUAAAUCAGGAAAAAGUGACUACACGGAUCCAAAGUCCUACAGACCUAUUAGUUUAACGUCGUUUCUACUAAAGACCCUAGAAAGACUUUGUGACAGACACAUACGAGAUAAUAAUCUCAAACGAAAACCAUUACAUAACAGCCAACAUGCCUAUAUCGCUGGCAAAUCGACCGAAACAGCACUCCAUAGCGUAGUGAACAAAAUUGAGUGUGCGCUAACAAACAAAGAAUCAACACUAGGUGCCUUUAUAGACAUAGAAGGGGCCUUUGAUAAAACAAACUUCGAUAGUAUCAACAUUGCCUUAACCAAAUAUAAUGUUAAUCCAACUCUACGGGGUUGGAUAAAUAAUAUGUUAAAGUUAAGAGCAGUACAACUCAACCUAAAUGGGACAACCAGAUGCAUUGUAGCUAAAGGCUGCCCUCAAGGCGGGGUCCUUUCACCUCUACUGUGGAAUCUGGUAGUUGACGACCUGCUUAGACAACUCAACAGCAGCGGCUUCUAUACAGUCGGCUAUGCAGAUGACCUCACCAUCCUCAUUAGUGGGAAAUUCGAGAACCUCCAUUGUAGCGUUAUGCAGGCCGCAAUGAAGAUUGUCGAGCAAUGGUGCAGGGAGUAUCGACUAAAAGUCAAUCCCAGUAAAACAGAAUUAGUCCUAUUUACUAACAAGAGAAAACUCAAUAACAUGAGCUUGCCUACAUUAUUUGGUACUCAACUAACACUUUCAACCGAAGUGAAAUAUCUUGGCAUAACGCUAGAUAACAAGUUGAACUGGAACAAACAUCUCGAUAACAAAAUAAAACAGGCUACGAUCGCUUUCUGGCAGUGUAAGCGAAUGUUAGGAAAAACCUGGGGCCUUAAACCAAAAUUAACAUUAUGGCUGUACAAAGCUGUCAUACGACCUACCAUAACUUACGGUUCUGUAGUCUGGUGGCCCAGAACAGAACUUAGCUCAGUAAAAAACAAGCUGCAAAAGCUACAAAGGCUUGCAUGUGUAGCCAUCACAGGAUGCAUGAAAUCAACACCCACGGCCGCACUUGAGGUACUUCUCGACCUUCCACCAUUACAUCUCGUGGUGAAACAGGAAGCAGCUGCCGCCGCUUUUAGACUAAGAGCAGCUGGCCUCUGGGCAAAUAACUCAACAGCGUCACACACAUCCAUUAUGUUGGAAGCCAUAAAACAUCAACCAAUGAUGGCAGCCAUUGGUGAUCGAAUACCGCUUAUCCAUAUAUUUAAAAGGCACUAUAACAUUCAAUUGCAUGAAGAACCAAGAGAUCAGUCCAGUAUAUAUGAACUGAGAAUUUACACUGAUGGAUCCAAAAAAACGUCAGGUACGGGUGCUGGUGUCCACUCCGAUGACCUAAACAUUCAUUUUUCACUGGCACUAAGCAAAUACAACACAAUCUUUCAGGCUGAAUGUGUU